CGGCGGGAUCAGUUUAUCGGAGGUUCUCAAGAAAUUUGGCGGAUUGGAUGUCGUUACGUAAGCAUCGACGGGAUGCCUUUUUCUUUUUCGGGGAAAUCCUGAGCAUUUGUCUCUCUCCAGUUGUCUCGUCGCGCAUUUCGCAAGAAUGCUCGUCAAUUGAAACGUUUUUGGAGCAAUAUUCUCUGGAGGUUCAUGAUGACUCUAGAGGAAUUUCAUGGUUUUGUCGCCGGUUUAUCUCCUGUUUUGUUACCUGUUGUGCCUUGAGCCCUUGAGCUUAUCCGCUCUUCACCCGGCGGAAUGAAGCUUCCAUACUCACGGCCUGCGGUUUCUGUCAACCGGAUUGUGGGCCGGUUUAAAGGAUUCCAAUGUGGCUCUACUACUUAUCUGCCUCUCCGAACACAACAAUGGCACUCUGGCAGAACAAUCAGCAGCGCUGAAGCGACGUCGCCAAGUCCACGGCCUCAACCCAGCAGAGAAAAUGACAUCCCUGAUACCGGGAAUCCCACACUUUCCCUAUCAGACCAAGUCCGCCUGCUCAUGAGACGAGUGCCCUACCCCGUUGCCAUCAUCACAGCCACAGACCCCCAUGAACCUCUCGACAAAGCCUUCCGCGGAAUGACCGUCUCAUCAUUCAAUACCGUGACACUAAACCCGGAGCCGGCUAUCUCUUUUAACGUGCGACGACCAUCCGAGACACUAAGCGCGCUUCAGUCGUCCAAACGAUUCCUUGUUCAUCUAUUAGCCCCCGGUCAAACGACAGCGAUCCUUGCUCGGGAUUUCUCCAAAGGCAACCAUAACCUGUCUAUCGCAAGUGGAAAAGGCGAGUUCGAAUUCGUACCGCAUACCUCUACGUCCGGUGGGGAAGCUCCCACCAGACCACUCCCCCUGCUCCGGAGAAAGAAGGCCGCGGAUGCACCGGAGGGGGAUUCCCUCUCAGAUAUUCCUUUUGUGUUUGAAUGCCAACUUCAUCCGAAGGCGAUUGAAGUUAAUGACCACACUAUUGUGGUUGGGACCGUUGUAAAAGUUGUUUCGGAGCAUUUGACGAGUCCAGAGGCGAUUGCUAACGCGCACUCCGUCACCGAUCUAUGUCUAACGUAUGCCAAUACCCGGUUUUGGGAAAUGGGUCACGAGAUUUAGACUUGCACUCGGGAUUAGCUAUGUCUGAGUCUUAGAGCGAUACGCUUUCUGCCUGAACGAGACCAAACAUAUACAUAUAUAUUUGAUUUCAAGAUGGACUCAGAUUCCAUGCUCCGAACGUUUGGGGGUUUAUAUGCUAUGACCUGAGAGAAUGAUGUUUGUUUGACUAACUGUAUAUAUAUAUAUAUAUAUUAUUUUCCUUCUAUAUCAAUCCUGUAUAUUAUUCUG